UAUGGAGACUAUUUGACACUGACGUCAUGUGUGCGCCGCAGGAUGGCGACUUGCUGCUGCCCGGCAACCACUAACAUCACCCAGCGGGGCCGCUAAUAAGCCGCCAGCCCGGACCGCUGCGCUCUACAGGCACUGACAGCCAUGCGGUAGCCGGGGGCCAACAUGAACAAGUACAUCCAACUCCGUAAGAUUGGCGAGGGCUCCUUCGGGAAGGCCAUCCUGGUGAAAGCCAAAGAGGAUGGCAAGCAGUAUGUCAUCAAGGAGAUCAACAUCUCCAAGAUGUCCAACAAAGAGAGGGAGGAAUCCAGAAGAGAAGUUGCUGUGUUGGCGAACAUGAAGCAUCCAAAUAUCGUCCAGUACAAAGAAUCCUUUGAAGAAAAUGGUUGCCUUUACAUUGUGAUGGAUUACUGUGAAGGAGGGGAUCUAUUUAAACGAAUCAAUACACAGAAGGGAGUUUUAUUCUCAGAAGAUCAGAUCCUGGACUGGUUUAUCCAGCUGUGUUUGGCUCUGAAACAUGUUCAUGACAGAAAAAUUCUUCACAGAGACAUAAAGUCCCAGAAUAUCUUCUUGACUAAAAGUGGAACCAUCCAGUUGGGUGAUUUUGGAAUAGCAAGAGUAUUAAACAGCACAGUAGAGCUGGCCCGAACAUGUAUAGGAACACCUUACUAUCUGUCCCCAGAGAUAUGUGAGAACCGACCCUACAACAAUAAGAGUGACAUUUGGGCACUGGGUUGUGUCCUGUAUGAAAUGUGUACUCUCAAACAUGCGUUUGAAGCUGGUAACAUGAAAAACCUGGUUUUAAAGAUCAUUCGUGGCUCGUAUCCUCCGGUGUCUCUGCAUUACUCCUAUGACCUCCGCAACCUGCUUUCUAUGCUUUUUAAGAGGAAUCCCAGGGAUCGUCCAUCCGUCAACUCCAUAUUGGAGAAGCCUUUUAUAUUUAAACGCAUUGAAAAGUUUUUUCCUCCCCAGGUUAUUGCUGAAGAAUUUGGUAUCAGGGGAAUUUUGAAUCAGCCUAAACCUGCAGUCCAUGCCGUAGCUGGAAAAAGACCAGCUCCAACACAAGCUAUGCCUUCCUCAUCACCUCCUGCUUACAAGAUUACAAAACCUGCUGCGAAGUACGGAGUGCCUUUAGCUGUCAAAAAGUCUGCAGAUGCUGCUAAAAAGUACUACGACAGAAAGCCACAGAUCAAAUACAGACAGGCCCCAGCAGUGCCAAUGAAGAAAAUGAAUCCAGUGGAAGGAAGGAGGAAAAUGUUGGAGGAUGUGGCUAAGAAAAAAAGACUGGACAUCAGACAACUGGAGAAAGAGAAGAGACAGAGGGAGCAGAUGAACUUACUGAAAGCUGAACAGAUGAGACGACUGGAAAAGGAAAGGCUGGAACGCAUAAAUCGGGCAAGAGAGCAAGGAUGGAGGAAUGUGAUUGGCUCUGGAGGAAGUGGAGAAAUUAAGGUACCUUAUUUUGGAGGAGGUGGAGGGGCAGCACCAGCAGCACCACAGGCUGCAGUCCGUCCAUCCUACGAACAUUACCAUUCCAUACUGGACCAGCUACAAAACCAGAAGGAGCAUAUAAAGGCAGCAGAGGAAAGAGAGGCCAAACACAGAGCAGAAAUUCACAACCCCGAUGCUGCACAUAGAGCCACUGUGCGAGCUGAACCUCCUAAUGGCCCACAGGCUCAUUCUUCCUUCCCUGAUGGGGAUGCAGUUAGGAAGGAAUUGAAACGAUUGGAGGAGGUGUCUAAACAAGCCCUUGCAGACAGACACCGGGGACAUGUAGCUGCUGAAAGAGCAAGGCAGGUGGAGGAAUUCUGGCAGAGGAAGCAAGAAGCUAUGCAAAACAAAGCUCGUGCAGAGGGACACAUGGACGCUCUGUACAGCCUGGCAGCUACCUAUGGAAGCAGGCCAAUCUCUACAGGAGGAGGGAAGGCCCAACACAAAGAAAAACAGGAGUAUUUGGCAAGGCUCAGGCAAAUCAGGCUCCAGAAUUUUAAUGAACGGCAGCAAAUCAAAGCCAAGCUUCGUGGGGAAAAGGGAGAAGAAGGUGUACCAAACCGCAAAGACAGUAAUGAAGAAGCUGAACUGAGAAGAAAAAAAAUUGAAGCUUUAAAGGCCCAAGCUAAUGCACAAGCAGCUGUUCUGAAAGAGGAGCUUGAGCGGAAGAGAAGGGAAGCUGAUGAAAGGGAAAAACGAGCCUGGGAGGAACAUCUGGCAGCCCGAGGUUUAAAGAAUGCUAAUGUGCCUUUAAAUGUGGCAGGAGCGGCUCCUGGCUCCCCCAGUCAUGUAGUACAUGCAGAAAUUGGUGGAUCUCCAGUUAGAGGACAUCCCCAUGCGAAACCAAGUACUCCAUCCAUCUCUAUGACCUCUGCACUGAAGAACGUGGGAGCUGUUGAAGAAGUGUCAGAAAUCAGGAACACCGCCGAGGACCCCAAAAAAACAGAAAUCGUAAUCCAAAAUGAAAAGCGUCAAAUACUCAGAAGAUUAAACCAGAACCUUAAAGCUCAGGAAGUUGUAUCUGCAAAUGAGGACACUGAGGAGAAGGCUGCUGAAGGUGGUGGUGAGGAGCAGGAACAGAGCAGGGAGGCUGUAGCUGCUGACAGGAAGAAGUGGAAAGCUGAGGAGCCAGCUGUCAUUCCCCUCUCACAGCUGACUCUUAUAGAGGACACGACCUUAUGUGCAGCUGACAAUCUGACAAUUGGGGAGGUGAUGAAAUUGAAUUCGGAAGAGCACCAGAGACGUGAAUGGAGGAAGAGUCCUGGUGACUCGGUUGUGAGGAUCCUGGGUGAAGCAAAACUUCAGCUUCAGACAGAACUACUGCAAGUCACGAGUGGUCCAGUUUAUACCAAAAUCAAUGAAGAAGAAACUGAGAGAGACCAACCACAGCAGCAACAAACCUGUAAUGAUUCACCUGUGGCCAUAGACUCCGUACUCUCACCCGAAACACAAAAUAUACAAGCAUCAGAAGAGGAGUCUUCCUUAGUAAAAGAUUCCAUGAUCUCUCCUGACGAAGCCGAUAACGCUCCCUGUGGUGAUCUUCACACCAAAAAUGAUGAAGAGCAUUCACAGGAAAAGGACCUGCGGGAUCAUGAGACUAGUAAUGACUGUCCUACGGACACUUUAAUCUCUCCAAAUAAACCGAACAUACCUGCGCCAGAGGAGAACCCUGCUCCAAAACAGGGAGAGGUUGACCUUUCCCCUCCUCUUCAGGCUGAGGACCAUCAUUGUGGUACAGAGGAGCCUGAGGACUUGGAGACUGAAAUACUGGAAGACACCAAAGGAAGUGGAAGUAAUGAGUGUCCUGUCAAAGCUACAACUGUUUGGAAUGAGCAAACCAAGGAAGAAAGUGGGGAUGAAGAGCAUGCCGCGAGUGAUCCUGAAUCUCCUAAUCAUGAUGUUAAGUGCGAUACAGAAUGUUCAGAGAGUGAAGAUGCAAUGGAAAAUGCUGCAGGAGACGCAACAGCAAACAAAGUGUUAUUUAAUAGAGUCCCUCUACCUUAUUAUGUCAUCACUCCGAAUGUCUCUGCCCAUUCUUCAUUUGAUGAUAUCCUGCCACCUCGUUCUCGUUCUGCAUCUCCAACUAAAACCAAAGGCAAGACAGCACUGUUGAUUGGCCUUUCAACUGGUCUGUUUGAUGCAAAUAAUCCAAAGAUGCUGAGAACCUGCUCAUUACCUGAUCUCUCUAAAAUGUUCAAGACCUUAGUGGAUGUACCCAGUGUUGCGGACUUGCAGGGGGACGAGAACCUGGAGAUAGAGGAUAUAGAGGAUGAGCCUGCACAGGAUGCAGAGCAUUCGGAUUCUGAAGACACUAUGUUUGGGGAGACUGAUAGAGAUCUGCAGGAACUGCAGGCAUCAAUGGAGCAGUUACUAAGAGAGGAUGCAAAUGAAGAUUACGGUGAAGCCGAUGAUGCAGCCAGUGCAAGUGCACAACUAUCAAAUAAGAUGGAGGAAGAGGAGAAUGAUGCUGAGCAGGAGAUUGAAGUGGAGGAUGAUGAAAAUCAGCCUAGUAGUGAAAGUGUAAUAAAUGAAGAGUGGCAUUCAGAUGACAGCACUGAGGACUUUGAGAAUGAGUAUGAGGACGGUGACAGUGUCUUUGGCCAUCUAGAGGAACUGAGGCUGAAAUUAGAGCAAGAGAUCGGUUUUGACAAGUUUAUAGAGGUCUACAACAAAAUAAAGGCCAUACAUGAGGAUGAGGAUGAAAAUAUUGAUACAUGUUCUACAGUUGUGGAAAAUAUUCUGGGCAGCCAACACCAGUACCUAUAUCCCAGAAUCCUCCGCUUAGUCAUGGCUGAUGGAGCCUACCAAGAAGACAAUGAUGAAUAAAUACAACUCAGGAUUUUCAUAUUCAACAUUUUGCUGCUAGAAAAGAAGCUGGACCUCUUUGUAUCACAUGUAUCCAUUCUUCCAUAACCUUAAUAUUGUUAACAAAUAUGAUAAUUUUUUAUCCGCAUGUAGACAGAGCAUCUGUACAUGUUCAUCAAUGUUACAUUUAUGACUUAUGUGUACGGAAUGUAAUUCUUCAAUUAAUGUUUUAUUAUAAAAAUAGUGAACGUGAAUGGUUUUAGCUCAGACCAACAGAGCUAUCAUUUUUCUAUAUAUUUCUAUUUUGUUAUUUGUUGAUCAGUUGUCACAUUAAAGCUUAAAUAUGAGUGUACAAAUGUCGCCAAUAUAUUGAUCUUUUAUUACUGACGUCAAGAACUUUGAUUGUCGCCAGAAUCACAAGAAACAGACAAUCCAUUUUCCAGCCAAUAUUAAUGCUCUGGUUUGCUGUUUCCUUGUGCUUUUGAGGGAAAACACAAUUACAAGAUGCGUUUCAGUGCUUGUUUCCUUCACUAAAGUAUUCAUCUGUUAUGGGUUAUUUACAUGCCCCGUAUCUAGCUAUUUAUCUGUAGUUACUGUGGAAGUAAAUUAUUACUUUAGAAAUAUUCACAAAUUUAUAGACUUAGUUCAAGAAUUUUAUUUUGAUAGAAGCUUUUGUUCUAGUUUACGUUUGUCAUUUACGUCCAUUUUUGUUUUCAAGUUUCUGAUGUGUAACAUGUUUAUUUACCAUAACAACAACGCCUUAAUUUUGUUUAAUUGUUUUGUUUUUUUUAGUAAAAAAAAAUGUAUUGUGACAUUGUCAAAGAGUCUCACAUUAGUAACAAUACAAAAUACACCAUCAUAAGUUUGUUUAAUCAGAUGGACGCAUACAAUAAAAGAUGUUUAUGACUCUUCAGAUAUGUAAACUUUCAUUAUUUUAUCUUUAUCUUUUCAUCUCUUGGAGAGUGACCUGUAAAGUUAAGCACCCACUAGCAAAGCCAUAACACUACGCAUUACUACUGUAGGUCAUUCUUGUAGCAGCCGUAGUGAUGACACUAGGAACAGUGGUUUCUAGUGUUGUAACUAUUUACAUGCAUGUUACUAGUGUUGAAAUUGCUAGUAAGAUGCAUGUAAAGAACUAGUGGGUAUGGGCCUUGAGAUUCUGCUUGUAUUAAGAAACAAAAAAUAAAGGUUGAACGAUAUUGUAACUAAAAGUUGAUAUGUAUAUUAUUUCUAACUUUCAAAUAAAGAUGUGCUGUAAUUUUCUAAUA